CGACGUUACCUCAUUGUUCAGCAUGAUUCGGUUUCUUGCGUUGACCGCCGUCGUGGCCUUGGCUUCGGCCAGGGUUUCAUACGAAGGUUUCCAGGUAUGGCGUCUAGAGGUUAGUGAGGAGCAGAAGCCUGCCUUCUCCGCCAUCUUGGAGAAGCACAACAUGGACGUGUGGGGACGAGGCAAGGAUUGGAUUGACGUCCUCGUGGACCCCAAACUUCGUCACGGAGUCAUGACAAGCCUGGCGGCUAAAGCCAUCCAUAGUUCCAUCAUGAUCCAAGACGUGCAGCCGCUUAUCGAACGAGACUUCGCGAGAUUGGCGAAGAAAAAUAAGGACUUGAAGAUUGCCUUCGAUGAUUACAACACUUGGGAAGAGAUCGAGGCGUACUUGGCCGGCCUGCCCGCAAGCGACGACCGCACGAGCCUCGUGUCGCUCGGCAAGACCGUCGAAGGCCGCGAUCUUUGGCAACUGAAAAUCUCGGUGGGCGCUGGCAAGAAGGCCGUCUGGAUCGACUGCGGCAUCCACGCAAGAGAAUGGAUCGGGCCGGCAACGUGCUUGUGGGGCAUCGACUUCCUGCUGAACAAUUAUGGCUCUGACGAGGGCGCGACUGCCCUCCUGGACGCCUACGACCUCUACGUCCUGCCCGUCAACAAUCCCGAUGGCUACGCCUACACCUGGAGUGAUGACAGACUGUGGAGGAAGAACCUAGCGGUUUAUCCCGGCAACGAGUGUGUGGGAGUCGACCUCAACAGGAACUUCGACGAUAAUUUCGGCGGUGUUGGAACAUCCAACGACUCAUGCUCCUUAAAUUACAGAGGUCCAUCACCUGCAUCGGAGCCUGAGACCCAGGCCGUUCAGGCUGCCAUCACAGCCCUGGCCCCUGAAGCCGCGGCGCUCUUCAGCAUCCACUCCUACCGCCAGCUGUGGAUGUAUCCUUACGGAUACACCUCGGACCUCCCACCAGAUGCUGACGAACUGGACCGAAUUUCUGCUAUCGGCGUUGAAGCUUUGACCGCCGUGCACGGAACCGCCUACCAAUACGGCCCAGUUUCCACCACAAUUUACCCUGCUGCCAGCACCACCAUCGACUACAGCUACGCCUUGGGUAUCACCUACUCCUUCACCCUGGAGCUCAGGGACACCGGCACCUACGGAUUCCUGCUUCCUGCCAUCGAAAUCGUGCCGACGGCCGAGGAGACCUGGGCGGGCCUCAUCGCCGCAAUCCUGGCCAUCCCUUGAUGACACGGUUUCCUAUCACUGGCAGAAUUUUCGGCAAUUGAGGAUUCUGUUUCGUCAACAUUUGGAAACUGAUCGUAAGAGUUUAAGAUAUUUUGUUCUUGAAAAACGAAACGUGUUUAUGAAACAACAUAUUAAUGUUAUGUCUAGUAUUGGUAGUUAGUAACAAGAACACACUAUUUUUGGAAGUAUUAAGUUUCAGAAACCCGUUUUGACCAUCAAAGGCAAUGAGAAAAUUUUUAGAAACCUUAUUUUGAACGUUACAGUUAUUGAUUCGGUUAAGAAAGUAAAUGAUUUAGCAGCC